GGGUCUGUUGAACUUGGAACGUGGGGCCCGCAAAACGGUGUCGCCCCCAAUUUCUGUUCUGUUCCACCCAGCCCCUGCGCUGUUCGUCCCCUUCGUUUCAUCCUUUCCCCACCCCCGCCGCCUCUGCCCUGCUCCUCCGCUCCAAUCCUCGCUGCAGUGGUUCUUCCACAUCCGGGCCUAUUGCUUCGCUCCAAUUCGACGCCCAAGGUUUGGGGUUGCUCAUUGGCGAGAUUUGGCUGCUCGGGCUAGCGCGCCUGCGUUCUUGCGUCCUCGCCGCAGAACCACCGCGGCAGCUGCCGCCGGCGAGCUAGGGUGUUCGACGGAAUGCCCCUGGGCAAGAGGGGAAAAGUGGGCAAAGGCGCACGUCCAGGGGUGGAUGGAGACCGCAUCAGCGCUCUGCCAGACGCGCUACUGAGCCACAUGCUCUCACUCCUGCCGGCAGAGGAGGCCGUGCGGACGUGCAUCCUGGCCCGACGCUGGCGCCAUCUCUGGAAGUCCGCCCCUGCCCUGCACAUUGGGUACCUCAACAAGUGUGAGCGCAAGUCUGUCAAUGCACUCCGCAAGUUUGUGGACUAUCUCCACCUCCUUCGUGGUGGUUUGCCGCUCGCUAAAUUUGAGCUCAGGUUUGGUGACUUCUCCGGCCCUGAUGAUGUGCCCCGCAUGAAUCUCUGGCUGCGGCAUGCUGUAAUGUGUAAAGUUCGGGUGCUCACGCUCGGCCUCCAUGGUCAUAGCUUUAUAAAUCCCCGGCUUGAGCUAGAUGACCUGCCUCUGGUCUCAAAGUACCUGACCAGCUAUGUUACACGGAUACCGGUACGGGUAUCCGAUACGAUACGUAUCGGAUACGCGGAUACACACUUUCCCAAAAAAACACCAAUACAGGGAUACGGCUGGGAUAAUUACUUCAUGGGUGUACGGUGUCAUGCUAGUUUCCUCAACUUUUCGAGCUGUCCUGCACUAGAACAUCUAGAGUUUGUGUUCUGUGAUGUCUCAUCAGCCCAGAAAAUCUCAUCGGAGUAUCUAAAAUGUCUGAGCAUCACCACUUGCGCAAUUGAUCAGGAUUCCCGCAUUCGAAUUUGUGCCCCAAAUCUUGUUUCAUUGCAUCUAGAUGACCCUAGUGGCAAGACACCCAUCCUUGAGAACAUGCUAGGAUUAGCAGAGGCAUUUGUUCAAAUAUCCCGGCGAUGUGACGACCGCUGCGAUAAACUAUUGGAUCCACAUCAACAUUGUGAUUGUGAGUAUUGUGACAGUCCUGAUAACAUUGGUGAUGGAGCUGACAAUUGUAUGAUUUUAAAAGGUUUAUUGGAAGCUAAGAGUUUGGUAUUUAUUUCUGACCUUGACAUGUUUAUUUUCAAAAGCGAUUUGAGAUGGUGUCCUACGUUUAAGAAGCUAAUGAAGUUGUUGCUCAAUGAAUAUUGGUGUGUACCUGACAUCCAUGCAUUAGAGUGCAUUCUUGAGCACUCACCAAAUUUAGAGAAGCUCACUCUUCAACUCUUUUCUAAGGGACCUGAACAUAAAGUGGAAAUGAAUGGAAGCUUCAGUUCGAUGGAGCGGUCAGUUGGAAUAUCUGAACAUCUUAAGAUAGUUAAAGUCAAGUGUGAAGUGAUUGAUGAAAGAGUUCUCAAAGUUCUGCAGUUCCUCUGCAAAUUUAGCAUACGUUUCGGUUUUUAAUUAGAAGCGAAGAUUUGGGCUGUUGGUGGAUCUACGGUGUCUCGCUGUUACGAAAUGCAAUGCUAAUUUCAGUGCAACUAGUGGUUAUGCACGUGCCCAGGCACGUGUUUGAAACCAAUUUCUAUAUCAACUCUAUAAGAACAUAAUGUACACCAUGGUGCAAGAGUUCAACUAAGUGCAAGAGUUCUUGUGUCAGGCGGACUCCAUAUUUGAUAUGAGCUCUGUUAUGGCUUUAGCUUUAAUUGGAUACAAACUUUUCUAGGUAGUUUGGAAUGUUGCAUCUUCA